GUAUUGAGAGCUGUAGUGUAUGUGUUGUAUGUAAUCGUUCAUACAGUGCUCACUGUAUGUGUUGUAUAAUUAAAGGCUGCACUGAAUGGUCGCAAAAACAAUACAUUUAUCGAUAUAUGCGAUGAUAUGAGAGACAGUCUCUCAUCACUGUAUAUGUUGUAUAUGUUGUGCUCUUUUCACUCAAAUACUAAUCAUUAUUAUUAUUAAUUGAGUGAAAGCUAUGACUCAAUCGCUGGACUAACCAUCGCCUCCAUCACCACUGGAUCUGUCAAUACAUUGAACCACGCAUUCAUCCCAUUGUCACUCACUGUCCAACACCUGUCUUCACCUGUCUUCACAUGUCUUACCAUUACUUUUGAUCCAAUUCUACACUAAUUAUAGUUUUAAUUGCUAUACAAUUGUCUCAUUUCUAUGCAAUCGUCCAUUUAUGCCAACUAACCAUUGGAUCAGUUGUUUGUGAUAUCAUUAGUUAAUUAAAUUAAGCAAAGAAGACAUAAAGUGAUUAGUUUGUGGUCACCGAACCAACUGAUCCGCCAUUCAAUUGAUUUGAAAGAACCAAAGAUGAGUUGCGAGACAUCGAUAUCGUCUGCGAGGGCGUCAGUCAUGCUAUACGACGACAACUCGAAGAAGUGGUUGCCUUCGGGGUCGUCAUCGGGUCUGUCGAGAGUCCAUAUCUACCAACACAUCCAAAACAACACAUUCCGAGUGGUCGGCAGGAAAUUGCAGGACCACGAAGUGGUGAUCAACUGUGCCAUUCUCAAGGGUCUUAAGUACAAUCAGGCGACGCCUACAUUCCAUCAGUGGAGAGACAACCGACAGGUCUAUGGACUCAACUUCAGCAGCAAAGAAGAGGCCGACGCCUUCGCGCUCACAAUGAUUAAGGUUUUGGAUGUAUUGAACCAAAACAUCACUAAUAAUAUGAUUACAACGAAAAUCUCUGCAAAUCCAACACAACAACCACUCUAUGGACAUAUCGGAGCGCCCGAAGACUAUGGCAUCGGCGGAGGUCCCCCACCUCAACCUCAACAGUGGACUCAGAAUCAAGUGAAUGAUAUAAACGAGUGGAAACAACAACAGAUGAUUCAGGAGAUGAAUCAUAUGAAUCAUGUGGUGAAUCACAACCACAUCCUGAGUCCUCCCAUUCAGCAACAAAUGUCUCAACAAAUGCCACCACAGAUACAGUCAGCAGUUCCGCAGUCAAUACCACAACAGCCGACUUACGGCACACAUAAUACCCAUCACAGGAACCCUUCGGCGACUAACAACCCAGCGAUGGUUCAACAGACGCAACAAAUUCCACAAAUGUCUCCACAACCGCCUCUCCAGACGACAGGUGCACCGCCUCCUCCACCACCCCCUCCGCCACCGCCGGGACCUUUGAGUGGUCCGCCACCAGCGCCUCAAAUGCCAGCUGUUAAUCGUUCGGCUCCUCCACCGCCGAUAAAUGCAAAUAAUAUUAACGGAAGUACUCCACAGUCAGGACCCGUCAAUUUGGCCACAGCUCUGGCUUCAGCCAAACUCAAGCGAACCUCUUCCUCGGCGACCAGAGACGAAGUGAUGGGCUCUUCGGGCGACGCGAGCGCCAGAACUCCCGCUCCGAACAAUUUGAUGGACGAAAUGGCAAAGACUUUGGCGCGAAGACGGGCACAGGCGGAGGGCUCACAGAACUCAGGUAGUGAUCAAUGCGAUGGCAGUACUCCUGCCAACGACCACUCCUCAAGAAAACAUUGGGACGGAAGGCAUACGAAUGGAAGUAAUAGUCCCUCAAAAGAUAAUAAUAGCGACUCAAUGCAUAGAAUAAGGACCGGAUCUCUGGACAGCGAACCCGUCAAACUCAAUGGCAUUGAAGGACUAGAUGUCGAGAAAUUCAAAAAUGAAAUUUUGGGAGAAAUCCGCAAAGAGUUUAAUAAAAUGAAACUCGAAAUAAUAGACGCCAUCAGAAUGGAGUUAAACAGAAGAUAAACUGAUUGAUUGAUUGAAUGGAUUAUAUUUACAUAAACACAUGUGAACUCAAGUAAACCAUUUAAAAGAAGAUUUACUAAAUUAUAAAUUACUUUAACGCCAAUUAUCCAUAAUCUAAUGAAAUACGUAUGAAUUAUUUUGUGUAAACUUUAUUAAUUUUAAAAAUUCAAUGAAAUGGGGUUUCAAUUGAAUAUCAAUGAAAAGUCGGCCCAAAAGCGCUUUCAAUAUUAAUAGACGUAAAAACGGUUGACAUAUUGACACGAUAGCAUCGCUGACAAGAAAAGUGCCAUAAAUUGCAUUUUAUGAGCUAUUUUUCACACUAUUUGAUGACUAACAACAGGAAAUCUGUUUUUCACAGAAAUCUCUAUUAUUUAUUGCGCUUUGAAUGUGAUUUGAAAUUAUUUAAUAAUUAUAGAGAAAUAGAUAUUUAAUUUAAACAAUAGAUUGUAUAAUAUUUUUGAUUGACGUCUGGAAGUGAUUGCAUACUUCCGUGAAUCUGAUCUCUUGGUUACCGGUUAUCACAAAACAUAAGAUAAUAAGAAUCUGAAUGCGAAGAGUUGGACCCCAUUUCAAAUAAAGUGAUUAUUUAUUCAUGAUUUCUCAUCACAAUUCAUGUAUUAUUUGAGUUUUUAAGCCG